GCCAUUUCUCCCGGGGACGGUGGAGAACUUUCUGCUCUGAUCCGGAGGCGCCAGGGGUAAGCAUUACCAAUGUCCUCAGGAGCAUCUUCAGGUCAAAGAUCAAGAGUGUCUCAUGACACUCACAGGAAUCGUGAAAGAAUAUCUCAAUAUGAUGAGGUCCCUCGAGAAGGACAGCAUUCGCAUCUGUCUCAGCAGGAGAACUCUCUCCCUGUAUCAGGUUCUAAAUGUCUUCAGGACUGUAAUUUAGCAGACAGUGCAGACCCACUGCCACCACCGCCUUUGCCUCUGCAACCACCUGUAGGUCCUGAAUUUUAUUUAGCUGAAAGUGAUGACCCUGUGACUUCUCUAGAGUUGAAACCAGUAAGACGUUUCAUCCCAGAUUCUGUGAAAAACUUUUUCAAAAAUAAAAGCGAUGAUCAACAGUGGAAUACGGCACCUCCAACCAAUUACAUUAGUGAGGGAGUGGAAUGCUCGCCACCUGCCUCUCCCGCUCCUUCUUCAAAAGAACAAUCCAGAGUAGAUGAACAGAAAUCGGCUAGUUCUUACAGGGACCCAUAUGGAGGUUCUGGAGGGAGCUAUAACUCUCGGAAAGAAACUGAAGUCAUGUUGCCUCGUGAUCCCUAUGAUUCGUUGGAUCGUCAUACCCGCACCGUACAGAGCUACAGUGAGAAGGUGCAGGUGUACCACAUGAAAUACUCCUACAUGAAGUCAUGGGCUGGUUUAUUGAGAAUCUUGGGUGUAGUUCAGUUACUGUCUGGAGCAGCUGUCUUUGCCUGUGUCUGUGCUUACAUUCACAAGGACAAUGAAUGGUACAAUAUGUUUGGUUACUCACGUCCAUAUAGUCAUGUUGCCAACAGUCUGCAAGGAGGAUACUAUUAUGAUGGACCAAAAACUCCUUUUGUCAUUGUCGUUGCAGGCUUGGCAUGGGUUGUCACCAUUAUUUUACUCGUACUGGGCAUGUCCAUGUAUUAUCGGACUAUUUUACUGGAUUCCAACUGGUGGCCACUGACUGAGUUUGCCAUUAAUAUUGUCCUGUUUAUUCUCUUCCUGGCUGCUGCUAUAGUGUAUUUAAAUGACAUGAAUCGUGGUGGGCUUUGUUAUUAUCCUCUCUUCAACACUCCAAUAAAUUCUACGUUUUGCCGUAUAGAAGGAGGACAAAUUGCUGCAGUCAUCUUCCUGUUUGCCACAAUGUUUCUUUAUCUCAUCAGUUCAAUUGUGUGCCUAAAGCUUUGGAGGCAUGAGGCAAAAAGGAAACAAAAAGAAUAUGCAGAAUAUGAGAUGAGAAGUACAGAGGCUGGUACAUCACUGGAACCGAGUGCGUUGGGAGUUAAUGGUGAUAGAUCUGUAGCUGUUGAUACAAACCGGAAAGAAUUGCGACCAGGUGAAAUGAAACCUACGGUACUAAGUGGAUAUAUUCCUGCAGGGCAUAUUCCGAAACCACUUGUGAUGGCUGACUACAUUGCUAAAUAUCCUUCUAUUCGAACCCCUGAAGAACGUGAACGUUACAAAGCUGUAUUUAAUGACCAGCAUGCAGAGUACAAAGAGCUUCAUGCAGAAGUACAAACUGUUCUGAAAAAGUUCAGUGAAAUGGAUGCUAUGAUGAGCAGACUUCCUCAACAUGCAGAGACCCAACAGGAGUAUGACAGGAUCACAAAAGUUUUCCAUGAAUAUCAGAAGAAAAAAAAUGAUCCUACAUUCCUGGAGAAAAAAGAACGCUGUGAAUAUUUGAAAAACAAACUCUCUCAUAUCAAACAGAGGAUUCAAGAAUACGACAAAGUCAUGAAUUGGAAUGCUAACAUGUAAAAGGUUUUGCAAAACCCCUCUACUGCAGGUUUUCUUCAUAACUAAAUGACAAAACUUGAUUUAUUUUGCUGUCUAUUAUUAAUUAGAAAAACCCCCUCUGUUAUUUUAAACUUUUCUCGAGGCUUGAAAUUGGACUAAGUGGAACAAGGAACCAAAUUUGGUUUCCUUUGCUCCCAAUUUGGAUUAGCCUUGCCUUGACACAUAUAUAUUUGUUCGAAAUAGUAAAUGUUUGUGCAAAUUUUUGAUAUUUAUCUUGUAUACUAGUUAGAAAUAUUUUUAUACGAACUAUUUUGCAUACCGUGUAAAGUUAACGAACCUUUUCAUUCAAUGCCUUAUUUAGCCUACUGAAUUCAUUGAGUUCUGGAAUUUGGAUUCAGCUGGUAUAUAUUAAAUGCUGCAACUAAGUCUCCUCAGAAAAAAUAGUACUUGUAACUGACUAGAAGAAAACGAAUAAGCUUUGUGCAGAUUUCCAGCUCACAUGUAGCUUCAUUUUAAAAGAAUGAAACAGAAUAUGUUUCACUGAGGUGAGGUCAGAUAUGGUACAAAAAUCUACUUUGUAUAGCUGUCUUUUCACUCUGAUCUAAUAUUACCAAACAUAAGCCGUAAAUAUUCAGGCUCUGGAGAUUUUGUAGGGAAUAGCCAUGAGGUUGAUUCUUAAAAUCAGAAGCUUUUAGUUAAAAUUUGAUGAAUAGCAAUAGAAAUAAAAGAUCUUGUAGAGAUAUAUAGAUGAAUUGAAGAGUGAAGGCUAAUCUAGACAUGCUGCAUGGGAUACUAAAAAAUGUUAAAUAGGCUGAAAUUGCAGAAGGAAACGUUUGAGCACAAGUCUGAGGUUGGCCUUUGAGCAAUGCCCAUUAAUGCCUGUAAUGAAAAUUGUGGAUUCAUGAAGCAACAAGCCUUGGACUCUUUCAAGAGUCAGUUAGGUUACAUGAUUAAGGGUUAGAUGGCCUGUCUCACCUGUAUCUUGUGAUCUGUUUUUAAAGUUGAUUUCUUUUGUUACAACGCAAUUUUCAUAUUCUACUUCUUAAGGUAACUUGUCCAGCACUUGAAAUUUUAUAUCCGAGCCUAUUUGAAAGCGUUGAAACUAUAAAAUUCAUUUCUACUGACUUGAACCACAUCAUUGCAAUUUAUACACUAUAUUUUUAACAGUUGAUUUAAGAUAAAGGGAUUUUUGUAUUUUAGUGAUGUUUUGUUCAUGCAAGUUGAACAUUAUGUUUCUGAUUUUUUGUAUCUAGUUUGUAAAGCUGUGCCUCAGACUUCUUUUGCCUUUUCAACAAAAUGUUCCUUCUAAUACAUUGGGGUUAAAAAUCUACUGGUAACCAUUUUAUGCUAUUCAUGCCAAACUAACUAUGGUUAACUAAAGCACAUGUUUCCACAAUAAACUUGAAAAAUUUAAGAAUUGUACUGUGACAAAAUUUUGUAAAUGGAAUAUUUUUAAAUA